AUGCGUGCCUUUGUAUCCAUUCUGGCCAUUGCUACUCCUCUCUUGGUUUUUGGAGCCCCAGUCAAGCGGCAGGCGGGCAACUCCACAGACGUCUUGGUCCUCCAGUUUGCUGAUGUCUUGGAGAACUUUGAGAACCAGUUUUAUACACAAGCUCUCGGACAAUUCCAGCAAGCAGACUUCGUUGCUGCUGGAUUCUCCAACGUCCAGAUUCCCAUUCAGCAGUUUGAAGCUAUUCAAUCGGAUGAAGCCGCACACGUUACCGCUCUUGAGUCUGCUCUGCAAGCUCUCGGAGCCUCGCCGAUCUCUGGAUGUCAAUUCAAUUUCUCGAGCGCGUUGACUAAUGUUUCUACCAUGGCUGCUACAGCACGCGUCGUGGAGAACCUGGGUGUUGCAGCUUAUCUCGGGGCGGCAAACAUGAUAUCGGACCCUACCCUCCUCACUGCGGCAGCAUCCAUCAUGACGGUCGAGGCUCGCCACCAGACUAUUCUGAAUCUCAUGAACGGUGCCACCGCGCUGCCUCAGGCGUUCGAUAUCGCGUUCACGCCGAGCGAAGUGCUCGCUAUCGCCAGCCAAUUCAUAUCUGGCUGUGAGAUUGGUAUUCCAGCGAAUCCGACCUUGGUGGUAACAAAUACCAGCCCCCCUUUGCCGGGAACCACUCUGUCAUUCUCAUCUUCCGCACUCAAUGGUAGCACAGACGGCCUUUUCUGCCAAAUGCUCGUCGGAGGUCUUCCUGUCUCCGUCUCGCAGAACUUCAGCUCAUGUGUCGUACCCGACACCGUCAACGGUCCCGCCGCGGUCUUCAUCACGUCCGACGACCAGCCGAUAGACAGCAAUGUGCGCGACCAGAACACGAACACGGUCGUCGCCGGGCCCGCGAUGAUCUUCAUCAACGCCAACGUCGACGCGCUGGGCGAGCUCGUACUCUCCGGCGCUGCGGCGGCGAACGCCACCACGAAGAACGCCACCACGAACGCGACCUUGAGCGCAGGCUCAUCCACUCGGACGAUCUCCCCCUCGCAGGCAAGCGCGAUCGUCUCCAGCGCGUUAGCUCAGGGAGCAUCUGUCUCUGCUGUAGCGGGCGCUGUACCCAGCAGCAUGAACAGCGCGCCUGUAGUUGCCAUGCCCGGUGUGAGUGGUGCCAGUUCGAACGCGACCUCAAGCGCGGACUCGUCCACCAGGACGAUAUCCCCCUCGCAAGCGAGCGCGAUCGUCUCCAGCGCGUUAGCUCAGGGCGCAUCUGUCUCUGCUGUAGUGGGCGCUGUACCCAGCAGCGUGAGCAGCGCACCUGCAGUUGUCAUGCCCGAUGUGAACGCGACCUCAAGCGAGGACUCGUCCACCCGGACGAUAUCCCCCUCGCAGGCGAGCGCGAUCGUCUCCAGCGCAUUAGCUCACGGCGCGCCUGUCUCUGCUACAGCGGGCGCUGUGCCCAGCAGCUUGAACAGCGCGCCUGCGGCUGCCACGCCCGGUGUAAGUAGUGCCUCUGCUGCCGCCACACCGGGUGUGAACAGCAACUCAGCGGGCGCGACGUCAGACGUGAGCAGCGGCCCAGCGAGUGCUUUGUCUGUCCCGAGCGCGAGCGCGUCCAGCAGUGCUGCGCCUGCCGUCGCGACAGAUAGCACCGCCAUCUCCGGUGGAACCGAUGUUGUAGCCUUCCUUGGCGGCCCGAAUCUUUACACGGGCCCAGCAGCAGAUGGCAGCGUCACCGUCAACGGGUGGUCCUAA